CUGACGUGGGUAAGGAAGUCGGGCUGGUUUCCCGGCGUCUGAGGCCCCCUUCCCCGGUUCCCCCCUCUCUUCCCCCCCUCCCGGCUCCACCAUGCUCGACUUCUUCACCAUCUUUAGCAAGGGAGGCCUCGUCCUGUGGUGCUUCCAAGGUGUGCGCGGCCCCGCGGCGGCUUGCACUGCGCCCGUGAACGCGCUCAUCCGCUCGGUUCUGCUCCAGGAGCGAGGUGGCAGUAACUCUUUCAACCAUGAAGCCCUUACGCUUAAAUACAAGCUGGACAAUCAAUUUGAACUCGUUUUUGUGGUUGGGUUUCAGAAAAUUUUAACUCUAACCUAUGUGGAUAAGUUGAUAGAUGAUGUUCAUAAGGAGUUCCGAGACAAAUAUCGAAACGAGUUCCAGCAGAAGGGAGCUCUUGGGCUUCUCAAUGGCACCUUUGAUUUUAAGGAAGAUUUUUUACGUCUCCUACGGGAUGCAGAGGAGAGCAGUAAAGCCCGAGCUCCCACUGCCAUGAAGUCGUUUGAACAGUCGGCAAAAUCCCAAAAAACCGUGAAGUCUAUGAUAGAAAACCGAGGGGAGAAACCAAAAGAAAAAACCAAGAGCAAGAAAAGCAAAGGUUCCAAAAAGGAAGCUCCAGUAAAUGAAGCAGCUACCGUCCCCAAAGCAACCGCAGCUGUUAAGCAGGAUCCUCCCAUUGCUGCUGGAGACAGGGAAGAACUGACCAAGGAUGAGAUCCUGCAGAAGAACCGGGAGGAAUUCUUUAGGAAGCGCAUGAAGGGGGGAGAGAAGUCCAACAAGUCUCCAAAGCCAGACACUCAGAAGGACAAGGGGAAGAAGCCCAGAGUGUGGGAACUGGGAAACUCUAAUGCCAAAGUACUUGACUAUAGUAAUUCCACUACCAAUGGAAACGCAGACACAUGUUCCAUGGAGGAGUAUGAUCCAGAAAUGGUCCUUGGGGAUCGCAACCAUGAGCCUGGCCGUCUCCGUGAUCUUGAAUAUGAGAGUGAAGAGGAAACUGAGGAAGAGAAGGUGGUUCAGAACUCUUCAGGUGCAAGUGCAAAGAAGGGUGGCCUUGGAGGCAUGUUUGGGAUGCUUAAGGGUCUUGUGGGCUCCAAAAGCUUAUCCAGAGAGGACAUGGACCCUGUGUUGGAAAAGAUGAAGGAUCACCUGAUUGCUAAGAACGUUGCAGCUGAGAUUGCUGUCCAACUCUGUGAAUCAGUUGCAACAAAGCUGGAAGGGAAAGUGAUGGGCACCUUUACCACGGUGACCUCAACUGUGAAGCAGGCCCUUCAAGAAUCCCUGGUGCAGAUCCUGCAGCCUCAGCGCCGGGUGGAUGUUUUGCGCUCUGUGAUGGAAGCCCAGCGUCACCGUCGACCUUAUGUUAUCACUUUCUGUGGUGUCAAUGGAGUUGGCAAGUCAACUAACUUGGCCAAGAUCUCGUUCUGGCUGAUUGAAAACGGUUUUAGUGUCCUCAUUGCGGCCUGCGACACAUUCCGUGCUGGUGCUGUAGAGCAGCUGCGGACUCACACUCGCCGCUUGAAUGCUCUUCACCCUCCUGAAAGCCACAGCGGCCGCACAAUGGUGCAGCUUUAUGAGAAGGGAUAUGGGAAGGAUGCGGCCGGCAUUGCCAUGGAGGCCAUUUCGUAUGCACGUAACCAAGGUUUCGAUGUGGUCUUGGUGGACACAGCAGGCCGUAUGCAAGACAAUGCUCCUUUGAUGACAGCUCUGGCUAAGCUCAUUGCAGUCAACACCCCUGACCUUGUCCUGUUUGUGGGGGAAGCCUUGGUGGGAAAUGAGGCUGUGGAUCAGCUGGUCAAGUUCAACAAAGCCCUUGCUGAUCACUCCAUGGCUCAGACCCCACGCCUCAUUGACGGAAUAGUGCUCACCAAAUUUGAUACCAUAGACGACAAGGUUGGUGCUGCAAUUUCCAUGACAUACAUCACUAGUAAACCAAUUGUGUUUGUGGGUACUGGGCAGACCUACUGUGACCUGCGUAGCCUUAAUGCCAAGGCUGUGGUUGCUGCUCUCAUGAAGGCCUAACCACCACUUAUUGCACCAAAUUCCUGUCUGCAAAUGUCUCAGAAUGUGCUUUCCAGUGUGACUGUUUUUAGAACUCCCCCAACCCCCCCAACCCCCGUUUUUUGGCAUAGUGCAACACAGAAUUGGAGGGAUGCUAGAAAAAAGCUGCUUACCUGGCUUUUGGUCCUUCUCCUCUUGAUUUUGCUAACACACACCUUCCUUGAUGUGAUGCGUGGGUUUAAUUGUAGCAAGAGGUGCCUGUCUUCCUUUGAAUUCUACUUACUUUCAUACACAUUGGCUCUAAAAGUGUCCUGGGGUUGUCUUCACUUUUCCUACUGAGCCCUCUUUCCUGUUUCCCUUCAUUCUGCCUGCUUAGACAGUCCAAAGCCAGAGCUUUGGUUCCCUCCCCCCCCCCCCACCUCCAUCCCAGGUUAGCAGGUGCGAUAAAGACUUUGUGGAGCGGGGGAUUGUUCUGCCACUACCUAAGCAUCUAUGAACUCUGCUGUCUUUUAAAGCUCUUCUCUCCGGCCAUGGGGUAGAGCGGAUACUGCCUACGGGCAGCUCUGCUCUUAUCAAUCUUCGCAUUUGCCGAUUGCUUUGAUCACAGUAGUUCACCAAAGCUUUCAAACCAAAAAAAAAAGGAAGAUAGAUACCAGAGUGAAUUCCUGCUUAACAGGGUGGCUGUUGAUGCCUUAAAAUGGUCCUCCUUUCUACUGUCAGUGGGACUCUCUACAGCAGGGCCCUCCAGACACUGCCCCCAGACUGUAGCAUUUGUGUGAAAAAUGCAGGAACCCGUGAUGCCAUCCUAAUGACAUAUUUUUAAGUGGGGGUGCGACAUCCCUUUUUCUAAUAAUGUCUCUCCAGCUGAUCAGUGAGCUGCUUCGUGUUUUUUUUGUUUUUUUGGUGGAGUUGAAUUACAGACCCAUUCUCACACAACAGUGGUGCUUGCUGCUAGCUAUCAAGACUCUUCCUCCGAUUCCUUUGCUGUGAGCACAUACUAUAACUUUGCACACUAUUGAAUGUGCAUAUGCAAAAUGGAAGCUUGCGGCUUACGAUGCUUCAGAUAAUCCCUUUGCCCAGCACAGUCCUAAUUCAAACCAAGGGAGGGGGAGGAAACACCUCUGCCUCCAGGAAGAGCUGGUUGUGUGAAUAAUUAGAGCAGGAAUUGUGGGUAUAUUCUGUAAUGAACAACUGCCCUUGCUGCUGACACAGGAUUCUGGUCCCAUAACUCACGGCCUCACCUCCCACCUAAUCAUUGGAGGAUGGAAUGAAACUGGUCAACACAAGCCUUUGCAUGCUCUCCCACCUGCACUGGCUUUUGCUUUUCUAAACCAGUCUGUGACAGGAAUUUUCUGGUGGGUGCUUGCUGCUUUUCUGCCCCCUCCCUUCAGAGUGCCUCUUGAUCCUGGUAUAAAGUGCUAUGUUAAAUACUACAAAACUCUCUAUGAAGAUGUCUCGUAGCUCGGUAUUGCAGAUGUGCUCUAGUGCAAUAAGUUGAAUGCUGUCUGCUAAAAGGUAAUUUAUAUAAUAAAACUUCAUUAAAAAAAGAA